UUGGCGAUUAUAACCGAAUGCCAGUUCCAAGUUGAUUUCUAGAACUUACUAUAUCUUUGUGUUUGCAUGCGUCAGGCUUGUUUGUAAACAAAGCUCAGGCAACGUAGCUAGCACAGCACACGUGGCUAUAUACAAAACAUGUCGCACGUACGUCAAUGUCCGACCUACCUCAAACUGCACCAGCCUACGUUGUUAGAUAGUUGGAUGUGUCUUGUAAUAUCUGAGGGUCAACAUUUAAACCUACAACCGCUGUAAAAUAUAGUUUAAAAGGCCAAGAGCCGCGGUUUCAGUUCGUCUCUUUCUUGUUCCGUUCACGUCAUCUGUCUGCGACGCAACGGAAUUGUGAGGCUGUUGUGAGGUUGCAGCUAGCUAGUCAGCAGACCUAGCUCCGACAUGUCUGCCAUAUUUAACUUCCAGAGCCUGCUGACGGUGAUCCUAUUGCUCGUCUGUACCUGUGCCUACCUCAGAGCCAUGGCCCCCAGUCUCCUGGACAAGAACAAGACCGGCCUCUUGGGUAUCUUCUGGAAAUGUGCCAGAAUAGGUGAGAGGAAGAGUCCGUACGUGGCGGUUAGUUGUGUCAUCAUGGCCCUCUCCAUCCUCUUCUCCGACUAGCAGCCCACCCUGCCCCGCCACGCCCUGCACACUGUGGGAUUCCUAGUGGAGGAAUAAAGAAGAUGGAGUCAUUCAGAAGAAGCAGCAGCAGUAUGUCCACUCUCACAGAGGAGGCCUGUAUGGGACACAGCUGUGUUUCUCUUCGGUGGGGUGCCGUGUGGGAUGCGGUUAAUGGACUGUAGGAACACAUGGGGACCCACUCUGGAGAAAAACACAAGCCUCCCUCUUCCAUCCCUCCUUCUCAUCACUCCUUCCAUCCUUCUCCUGGUGGCCAUUUCACAGUUCAGCCUCAAUCAGUUGUUAACCAACGGCCUCCUGGACCUAUCUGUAAACACUGAUAGUUGUUGUUGUCAUCUGAAAUUAUCCGUAGGGAUUGCCCCAUGUCUUUCACUGCAUUCUGAUCUGUAAUGAGGUCCAUGUGGUAGAUAGACAGAGGUUGGGGAGGAGUGUUUUGAUAGUUGACUGUUUUUCUGUACGGAAAGGGAAUGGGGGAUACCUAGUCAGUUGUACAAUGAAUACAUUUAACCCAACCGCUCUGAAUCAAGACUAUUGAUUAGAAUAUGGACAGUUCUGCCUUUCUGUAACCCGGGGGGGAUUGGCAGUGGUACUAGAGUUUGUUAGGUUGAUGAUGGUCAACAAAUGAACUCACUCCAGCCAAGGUCUGGAUCAUUUAUUUAAAUUGGCAGGUUAGAGAUGUCUCCCAUCUAAGCAUGGUCCAACAGCAGAGACGGAGAGCUUGUAAUGUCAGUAGGCUAGUAGACUAUGCUUCGGUAUGCUAUUUGUUAGUCAACUUAGAUAUAUUAAAUUAGAUACAUGUAGCUUCUAUUCUGACAUCGGUGAAGUUUUCUCUGUCAGCUCUGCUUCUUUUGCAGAGUAAAGAUGUUUAGGGAUCAUGGAGAAAAUGCAAUAACAAAAAAAACAGGAAAGAUUUUCUGUGCAAAAUGUCCAAAUGACAACAGUUUGACUGGUU